GGUUAGGAUCGCUGAUGGUGUUGCUUCAACUUGCCACAGCCACAGUCACUUGCUAAAGGGCUGCUGGUGCCUGGUGGUGGUUGUGGUGGUGGUCAGACUAAGAACAAAUUGCCACUUGCCCUUUUAUAUAAAAAUCAUUGAAUGUCAUUUAUGAUCUUCAAUGGAAAGUCAUACAGAAAUUAGUGAAUUAGAUGAAGGGAGCACCUUUCAGCAGACGUUACUGUCCCAGUGUGAGUCAGUGAAUCUUAGAUUCAUUCUCACUGAUGGCCACUCACCUGAGACUUGUCCAAGUAUACUGCUGGCUGCCUUCCAGCUGUGUGAGGAACAGGAAUGUGGGCCUGAGUGGAUCUCAGAGUCAGAAUUUCUCUCUGUCAGCAAUGCAGGCAAGAGAGACAUUUUUGUCUUGGACCCAUUUGAAGGCAAAGCCUUCAACCAUGCAGCAAUGCUCUGCAACUCCAAGUGUGUCAGAGUGAUUGGUCCUCGGUGCCUGACUUACUGCUUUAUGCACAAGCUGGCAAUCCCUGAGUACCUGCAGCCCAUGCACAACAUGGCAAUGCACAAUAUUGUUGUCACUUGCACUGGACUCAACAAGAUGCUGCGUGAUAAAAUAAAAAACCUCAUCCAGUACAUGGCUGGUCAUUAUGUCAAUGAUUUCAGUGCCAGUGUGACACAUCUUGUAGCUGACACUGUACAGUCACCAAAAUACAGGGUUGCACAAGAGCGAGAGCUGCCUGUAAUGAAACCAAGUUGGGUGAUGGCUGUAUGGGACGUGAUGGGCGGCACGUCUUCCUCAGACGAAGGCAUCAUAGCCACUGACCACAAGUUCCUGAGCCAUGUGUGCCCGGUCUUCAUGACCCAUUGCAUUUGUGUGUCUCAGCUGCCCAAGAAGGACAAAAUUGCUAUUAAGAAUCUGGUUGAAGAAAAUGGAGGACAAUAUUCGCCACAACUAGAGAUGGGCAAGUCCACUCUGCUGGUGACAACAACCACCAACAGCGAUAAAUACGUCAGUGCCGUGCGCUGGAAAGUGCCAGUGGUGACUCCUGACUACAUUUAUGACUGCGUGCAAGCAAACUACGCGCUUGACGUCACCCUGUACAAAAUAAAACGCGACGCCUCCACUCCUACAAAGGAAACCAAAAUGUUGCCACCGGACGUGUCGCUAUGCAGCACCAUUGCCAACAGCACAUUGAUAGGAGCUCCUGCGCUCGACCCCACAGUGAGCUUCAACGAGACUCUCACAAACGCAGCCUCCCACUCCUCCAUGUCUAAUGCUACUAUCAUGGCUGGCAUCAGUGCCUUAGACGGGCUCUCUACAGCAGACACAUGCAACAGCGAGCUAUUUCUUGACGGCUGCAAGGUGUAUCUGUCAGGCUGGGCUGAAGCCACUGCAGCUCAAGGCGGGAGAGCAGAGAAGCUCCGCAAGCUUUUGAAUGCAGGAGGAGCUACGCGUUUCAAUCAACUCACCGAGACCGUUACACACAUCAUCAUGGGCAGCUUCCAGGGCGACACACUUUUUAAAGUCAAGGCAUGGAGCGAGAAACCUUAUCUGGUAUCAGCUGCUUGGCUUGUUGAAAGUGCUAAAAGCGGCAGACCUGUGGAAGAGACGCCAUUUGUCUGCUUCGACUUCAAUGAGAAUUUUAUACCGAAGAUGCCUCCAAAAUUCACAGCCUUUAAUGACACCACGCUUGACCUGAACAACAGGGAAAAUGAUUUUAAUAGUUCCAAUGUCAAUCGGAAGAGACCUUUACCUGGCGACGGCAGUGACGAACUUCCUGGUGCAAAGAAGGCUCCUUCUUUAUCAGGAACAUCGCGAGCACGCCCUGAGUUGCGGCAAUCCUGUGCCUCUUCCAUGGCGGGUUCAGAAGUAUCUUUGCCUCCUAUUUUUGUUGGUCUGACGUUCGCGGUGUCGGGCUACGAAGAAGAAGUACUGCAAGAGCUCAAAGACUCCGUGGAGGCGAUGGGCGGGCGAGUCGUUGCACCUGUAGCCUCCUCAGCCCACAUUGACUACAACAUCGUCAACGUGACUGGCGAGGGCGUGUUCCUCGCCCACGCUAUGCAUCACGUCACGCACGUCUUCGUCGAGGACUGCUCAACUGAGGGGCAAGUUGUUGAGCUGCAAUACCAGCACCUGCCUCUGGUGCUGCCCCCUGAAGUGGAGGCUGCACGCCCCCUGGACGACGUUGUGCUCACCGUGUCCGUCUACACUGGGCGCGAGCGACAGUUUAUCUCGCACUUAGCUCAGCGGCUUGGCGCUCAUGUCCAAGAGAUGUUCUCCCGAAAAGACAACAACGCCAAAGGAGUGAAACGCUGCACCCACCUCAUCUGCUCCUCCGGUGGUGGUGACAAGCAUCAGGCCUCUGUCAGGUGGGGCAUCCCUGCCGUGACGCGCGACUGGCUGCUAGCGUGCGCCCAAGCUGGACGCAAGGUGCCUGAAGAGCCUCACGUGGCCAGGGAAGAAGAGCAUCACGCGCUCCCUGCCCUGCAGCUCCUGCAGGGAUAUUUGAAGCAGCACAUCGCGCGCUGCACUCCCUCGUCCAGAGACCUCCUGAUGGACCGCCUCAACGACUCGUCCAUGAUAGCUGCCACGCCCUACACCCCCGGCCGCGUGGCCUCGCUCAGGGCUGAGAGCUCCACCAAGGGCAGCACCAGUAAGGGGGAUCCUCAACUCAGUCGUGUGCUGUACACUACCCCCGGCAAGCCUACUACACCUUCAGCCAUUCGCACGCCUGAUAGCGAGACUCUGCAAAAAUUGUAUCCAAUACCUGGACGUACAAGAAACAAUAACGAUUCUUUAGAGGCCAUGAAAACUCCAGACACUCCGUACGGCAUCUGCUGGGAGUCAAACCCGAGUAGGCGGACUCGUAAGAUCAUAAAACGAACCUUAAACCAACUACCCGUCCCUCCGAGCGAGAAAGCUCGCCAGGCUAGAGAGGAGUUUGGCAAGACCAUGUUGUCCUUGAUCAAAGCCUCCAUGACUGAGGAUGAACUCGCACGAGCGCGAGACAACGAACUUAUAGGAAAUACUGGAGAGCCAAAGAGGAGUUCUUUGCAUGCUGAAGAAGCCCUCGACGAGAACCGUGACAAAGGUCUAGUAGCUACGGAGACCAGAUACGAUAACGCUUCUCCAUGCUCGGUAAUGGGGAACAUCGAGACUGCCGAGGCCGAGGACAUCGUACCUGAAGACAUCGCUCGCGACCUGGCAGAGCUGGAAAUACUUGCUGCGGAUCGUGACACUCAAACACAAAGCUACGACGGCCACGAGAACGAACGCCCCAGGACCACUUCUCUUUCUCGCAAACGCAGCUUGACUCGCAUGAGAAAUAGUAGAAAUGAGAACGAACCUGAACCUGUGCCGUUAACCAACGCCGUUGGGACGAUGGAUUUUGUGACCGGAUCUCAGUGCACCAACAUCGCUUGGGUUGAUCCUGCUGACUCAGCGGCCAGACGCCGGCUGUCCUCGGCCGCCGUCGCGGAAUCUGGUGACCGCGUCUCGGAUAAUGACCGCACUCUGCCAUAUGAUGAAGAAGCUGUGGCGGAACAGAGCGAUGUUAAACCUAGCACGUCACGCUACAAGUUUGCUUUUUCUGGCUUGGAUGACCAAGCAGAUGCCAUGAAGGAGAUCAUUGAAGGUUUAGGAGGUGAAGUUCAUAGCGACGUUAGUGACGUGACGCACAUGAUUGCGUGCCGGACUAACAGAUCACAGCGCAUGUUGUCAGCCAUAGCGGCCGGUAAAUGGGUGCUUCAUCCUGCCUACAUCUACGAGUGUCUUGAUAAGGGAGCCUUCGUUCAGGAGGAGGCCUUUGAGUGGGGCAACCCUUUGGCAGCCGCCAUACUGCCCAAGCUCAAGGAAGGCGAGAAGGAGCAAGAUAUUGCAUGGGCUGCGCACUGGUGGCGUAAGACCGUCAUGGCAGGCGAGGUGAGGGGGGCAUUCAGCGGCUGGCGGGCGCUCAUCUCGACGCGGCCUGAGCGGGCGCUCGCCUUCACAAGUCUCCUCAAAAUCGGCGACGCUCAAGUUUUCUCUGAGUCGGAUUUUCUUGACCACGACGUGGCGUCGGGCGCGUGUCUUAACAAAGCUAAGAGAAUUUCUCUGCUCCGCCUCACCGCUCAGAGACGGAUCUCAGACAGUAACUUCCCUCCGGACUUGACACACUGCUUCGUCGAGCUCAGGCACAGCCCCAAGUUUGACUUAGCACUCUUCGCCAAGAACAAAGUGCCGUGCCUUGACCCGGUUUUCAUCCACAAGAGUUUAGUGAGCGCAGGGAGACUGGAUCCAGAGCAACACUGCCUCGAGGAAUAUCAAAAUAUCAUAGCCAACAUGACCGAGUGCGAGAGCGACAAAUUUCUCGUGAAGAAAUAAGCAAACGCGCUGAUCAAAUUUAGGCCAAUUUUAAUUAGCGAAAAACGUCUUUUUAAUAGUUGUAAUAGAACCAUUUAGCUGAGUAGAUUUGCAUAAAGGAAACAAUUGGCGAGCCAUCACAAGUUUCCACAACUUAGAAAUAACUGGAAUAGUUGUCAACUAUUCAUUUUUUAAUAAUGACGAUAUUUUACAAGAAUGGGCACGUGUCAUUUUGUUUUAAUAACUUCAUGCUAGCAGAUUUCACGGUAAACGCAUGCCAAAUUGAAUAUGAAUAAAAGAGAAGCAAAUAAAA